AGGGGACGGCUGGGGGCCCAACGGGAGGAGGGGCCGGGUCGCCGAAGGGUCGCCCGCCGCCCCGCCCUCUGACCCGCUGCCGCCGGGGCGCCGGCGAUGUCUGCGGCCGCGUCUUUCUCCCGAGGGGACCAGGGCGCUUCUGACGUGCCGAGGCCGCCCGGUGUGGAAGCGACCCCCGGCCGGCACAGGCUCGGUGGGGCUGCGGGGCGCUGGGCGCAGAAAGGUGCCGGCCCCUCGGCAUCUCGAGGCGCGCCGCGCUGUUGUGCGCGCUCUUGGCCCCGGGCCAAGCGUUUUGCUGGCUGUUUCCGCACCAGGCGCCGUUUGUGAUCCCCCCUGGGCUUGGGUUGGUCGUGAGGCUGGGUGCCUGUGACCGCCCGAGCCAGGCCCUUCCCUCUUCUGCGCCCCUCCCUCAGCCUUGGGUCCCCUUUCCCGUUUGGGGUCCUUGCGCCAUCACCCCCUUUGCUCGUGUAUUUUUCUUUGUUCCUCGCAGCCCCAGACGAUUCUCCAUUGAGAACCAGUCCUCACGUUGUUGAAGGCAGAUGGACCCCCGUCCCCCACAUAAUCUGUCUACCUAACUCAUUUCCUUUCCGCCCUUUUUGGCCCCAUAACCCGCCCAGUAGUCUUCAUGUGACCAAGUACUCAGGGAACGCGCAUGGCGUGUCCCCACUCUCUGGGUUCUCCCCAGCUCUCGCCUUCCCCACGUUCUGGAAACACCAGGGGCUGGUGUCCGCAGCCUGCGUGCCUCCCGUCACUGGAGUUAGACCUGUCCGGGUCCGUGGUCCUCGCUCCCACCUCUGUGCUGGUCAUAAUGACAUCAGCAAAUAAGACAGUUGAAUUACAACUACAAGUGAAACAAAAUGCAGAAGAGUUACAGGACUUUAUGAGGGAUUUAGAGAACUGGGAAAAAGACAUUAAACAAAAGGAUUUGGAACUAAGGAGACAAAAUGGUGUUCCUGAAGAGAUUUUGCCUCCUAUUCGAAAUGGAAGUUUUAGGAAAAAGAAGAAAGGGAAAGCUAAAGAGGCUUCCAAAAAAACCAAAGAGGAAAACACGAAAAACAGGAUCAAAUCUUAUGAUUAUGAGGCAUGGGCAAAACUCGAUGUGGACAGCAUCUUGGAGGAGCUGGACAAGGAAGAUGGCACCCAGGAUUCUGUGUCCCAGGAGUCAGAGUCGGAAGAAGACGGGAUUCGUGUAGACUCUCAGAAGGCCCUCACUCUAAAGGAAAAGGGCAAUAAAUACUUCAAGCAAGGAAAAUAUGACGAGGCAAUCGAAUGCUACACGAAAGGCAUGGACGCUGAUCCCUAUAAUCCUGUGUUACCAACAAACAGAGCGUCAGCGUACUUCAGGUUGAAAAAGUUUGCGGUUGCUGAGUCUGACUGUAAUUUAGCCAUAGCCUUGAAUCGAAGCUAUGCAAAGGCGUACGCCAGGCGGGGCGCUGCUCGAUCUGCUUUGCAGAAAUUAGAGGAAGCCAAAAAAGAUUAUGAAAAAGUAUUAGAAUUGGAACCAGAUAACUUUGAAGCAACAAAUGAACUUCGGAAGAUUAAUCAGGCUUUACUGUCCAGAGGAAGCUCACAGCCCACAGGAGCAGCCGUGGUGGGGAGGUCACCUGAGGGAGAGGGAACGCCCACGGAGGAACAGAAUCGGCAGCAGGCCAUGGCGCAGAAGGACCUGGGGAAUGGAUUUUUCAAAGAGGGGAAGUAUGAAAGGGCGAUUGAAUGCUACACCCGAGGGAUGGCAGCGGACGGCACGAAUGCCCUUCUCCCUGCAAACAGAGCCAUGGCCUACCUGAGGAUAGAGAAAUACAGAGAAGCUGAGGAAGACUGCACUCGCGCUAUUGCUUUGGACGGCUCCUACUCCAAAGCUUUUGCCAGAAGAGGAACUGCAAGGACCCUUUUGGGGAAGCUGAGUGAGGCCAGGCAAGAUUUUGAAACGGUUUUACUCCUGGAGCCUGGAAAUAAGCAAGCAGUGACUGAACUUUCCAGAAUCAAGAAGGAAUUGAUUGAGAAAGGGCUCUGGGACGAGGUCUUCCUUGAGUCCACACAGAGACAGAAUGAAGUAAAACCCACCGAGAACCCGCCUCAGCCUGGAUGCACUAAACCACUCAGGAAGGUUGUUAUUGAGGAAACUGGACACGUGGUAGACCUGCUCCAAGAGGCAGACAGCACAGCCACCGCCACCCCCCAGGAGGCUCCCGUCAGUGGGGCACACACAGCAGCUGUCCCAGGCAUAGCAAGUAAGAAGAAUUCCAGCCAGGAUGGUGCUUUGCCCACCAGUGACACUCCAAAAGCUAAAGUGUUGAAAAUCGAAGAAGGAAGCGACACCUCGGGCUUGCGCCCCCAGGCCAGGCUGAGGCAGGGCGUGCAGCAUUCGCCCCCGGAGAAGUCGGCUGCAGGGGUGGGACUGGCGCCUCCUCACCUGGCCACGGCAGCGCUCCCUCCGGUUCCUGCGAACUCCUUCCAGCUCGAAUCCGACUUCAGGCGACUGAGAAGUUGUCCGGAUGUGUUGUACCAGUACUUGAAGCAAAUUGAGCCAUCCCUGUACCCUAAGCUGUUUCAAAAGAAUCUAGAACCAGAUGUGUUCAACCAAAUCGUGAAGAUUCUGCACGACUUUUAUAUUGAGAGGGAAGAGCCAUCACUCAUCUUUGAAAUCCUACUGAGACUUUCUGAACUGAAAAGGUUUGAAAUGGCCGUGAUGUUUAUGUCAGAACCAGAAAAAAGGACUGUGCGUGCGCUGCUCGGGCACGUGGACGGAGCAGGGCUGGGGGGCAGCUCCCUUGAGGACCUCAGGAAGAGGUACGGCGGCUGAGCUCCCUUUGCUGGAGUCACUGUGAAUUUAAUGUACAUUUUUCUACUGAAAAUAAAGUGUGUUGCUUUUUAAGGAAAUAAAUGAAACCAGAAAGGACUGUUUUUGGAGAUAAGCUGAUUAACCAUAGUGUGCAUUGUGAUUUAACUUGUGAGAAAUGUAUUAUUCAGAUGAACUAUUUAUAUGUUUUGUUCUGAAAAUAAAAAUGUAUGCAAUGAAGUAUAUUUAUAA